AUGGCGGUCCAAGGUGUUGAGCAGGUCAUCCAGAGGGACCCUGCAUUAUUCUACUGGAUCCUUCUUCCCAUCACGAUUGUCAUGAUAUUGACUGGAGUACUACGACACUAUGCGACAGUACUACUAGCUAGUCCUCCCAAGCCUCCGCCAACACCCGCCGACUCUCGCGAACGCUCAGCAAUAAUUAAAGGCGUCAACUUGCGCAACAACUCUGCCGCACUGAACAAGGCAUCCUUCGAUGCCCGAAAAGAAUAUCUCAUCGAUGGCUACAAGAAGGGAAGUUUCCUGAAAGGCGGACCAGAGUCAAAGGGCCAAGCUGCCCCAAACCCGAUGUCCGAUCCUGCCGCCAUGGAAGGGAUGAUGGGAAUGAUGAAGGGAAAUAUGGCCAUGAUGAUCCCGCAAACACUGAUCAUGUCGUGGAUCAAUGCCUUCUUCGCCGGCUUCGUCAUCCUCAAACUACCAUUCCCACUAACAAUCCGCUUCAAGUCAAUGUUGCAGUCCGGAGUCAUGACCAAAGAUCUCGACGUCAGAUGGGUCUCGAGUCUGUCAUGGUACUUCCUGUGUCUGUUUGGCCUUCAGAGUGUGUUCAUUUUCAUCCUCGGGAAUGAGAAUUCAGCCAGUCAAAUAUCGCAGCAAAUGGCUCAGGCGAACCCGACCGCCAAUGCCAAUCCUUUUGGCCCCGGGCAGGAUCCAGACAAGAUGUUUCAGGCCGAGGCCGAAAAUCUGGAGGUUCUGGAACAUUGGAGUGUUCUUGAGGGGGCAGAGGACCGACUUCUCAAGAUCUACACGAAGUAG